AUGCAAUGCUCCCGGCCUGCGCUCUCAAUAGCCGCGUGGUCAGGCGGUCUGGUAGGGUUUAGUGACGCCGUGGCGCAGGCGGUGCAACGGAAGAAAAAGGUGGGGAGAGAAGGAGGAGGGAAUGUGACGCCAGUGCGGUGCAUGUUAGCGACACGUGCCAUUUGUAGAGGAGAGAAACUUUGCGUCGUCCCAGAGUCCCAUAUUCUGCACGGUGAGAAUGCCGCCAGGCUCUUGCAACGGGCCGCGGCAGAGCGACUCCUUUCGGAUUACGUUACCACGCAACGUUGCCUGGCGAAUGUGACAGGCGACACUUCUAUCAUCUCGACACGAGAUGCGUUGCUGAUCCUCCUUGCCGUACAUGUUUUGAGGCAAGGUCACAUGAAACAUCCAUUAACGCCAUGGUCCGCAUGCCUCCCGCCGCGAGUACCGCCAAUGGGUGUAUUGCUGCAGCAACGUCAUCAACAUCAUGCGGGGACGGCGUCCUUUGAGCCACUGCAGCGACGUCUACGCAUGGGAGAGCAGACGAUCGUUUUGAAUCCAGGCGAGGACGACACCAAAAAAGCCUCCACGGAGCUCAUACUGCAGGCCGCUGAGCAGUACGGCAUCGGGUGCGUCGGAAAGCCGCAGACGGAAGUGGCACCAUCGCAGACUUUGAUGACAUCAUUUUACCGAGGCACUCGUCAUCCGUUGACGCGGCGGCAACACGAGGCAUAUGCUGCAAAACGCCGUCACGUCCUUUCUGCGGAGACACAGCAACUGUUGCAGCUAGAGGAGUCGCUCCACCGCAUUGUUAUCGAACCGCUUCUUCCAUGUUUGUUGUCUGAGAGUAGUGAGUGCCGCAAUAACGAUACUGGCGAUGGCACUCUUCUUCCUGAAGAAUGUGAUUCCGAGAAAAAAAUGGCUGUGAUCGAGCAACUGCGCUGGUCGCACUUUAUGGUACGCUCCCGCGCGGUGAAUUUGCAACUUCAACGUCACUACCAGCCUCAAAUUGCGCUAGUUCCGUUUCUUGACAUGCUCAAUCACUCUGUGAGGGAUGCCAAUGUGGCGUACCAGUACCGUUCUGGCGUGGGCGUCGUUGUUGUUGCAUCACGACCAAUUAAGGCCACAGAAGAGUUGACAAUUAAUUACGGUGAUUACAGGCAACGGGGCUGCCUUUUUUCCUAUGCCCAGGAGCACAAAACGGGUGGGGAAGAGAUCAGCGCAGCCAUGCGCCGCAUCGAAUCGCGUCAAAUGCGGGAGUGGGAUGAUUCCCCAAAUGACGAUAACGCUGACGACCUUGUGGAGGCCCCAUUCGGUCAUGGGAUGCAGCAACAACAACACGCAUCCGAUGUAGACAGUAACGAAGAGGCACGGACGGAAGCAACGUGGUUGUGGCGCUUUGGUUUUUCACGCACCGACGACGAGAAGGCGUACAUUGCGUCACGACUGUGGAGUAAAGGCCUGCGGCGACGCAUUGCUCAGCUGACGGACGUGCGCCGGAAAGGGCGGCCUGGUGAGUUUGUCAUUGGGGUGCCAGAGGGGCUGCAGCAGCUGCGCGAGCAGCGCGAAAGGCUAGAGCGGGAGCGCUUUGGCGGCGCCGCGGUGUUUCCUCCACAGAACGUGUAA